ACCUUGGGCAGAGCCAGAGCGGCGGGAGCCCGAUCCCGGGCGCACUGCCCAGGAAGAGCGCGCCGUCCGGGCCGAGCACGGCCUCGGCCAUUCCAGCCUGCGUCGGCCCUUGCGUUCGGUGCGCAACCCGGGAGGAGGGCCAGUGCGGACCGGGCGAGGGUCCCAGGCUCCUAAACUGUCCCAGAGCUGCCGGGCUGCCCGCCGUCGCUGCCGCCCCACUGGGGCCCAGCCCGACCCGCCACCUGCGUCCCGGCUGCACCAUGGAUCCUUCGGAGAAGAAGAUAUCGGUGUGGAUCUGCCAGGAAGAGAAGCUGGUGUCUGGUCUCUCCCGCCGCACCACCUGCUCGGACGUGGUUCGGGUGCUGUUGGAGGACGGCUGCCGGCGGCGACGGAGGCAGCGGCGGGGCCGGCGGCGGGGAACGGCCGGCGACUCUCCAGGCCGGGAGGAGCUUCGGGAACUCCUGGACGAAGACGAGGAGGACGACGACGAGGCGCUGCCGCAGGGCAUGCUGUGCGGGCCCCCGCAGUGCUAUUGCAUCGUGGAAAAGUGGCGGGGCUUUGAGCGCAUCCUGCCUAACAAGACGCGCAUCUUGCGCCUCUGGGCCGCCUGGGGCGACGAGCAGGAGAAUGUGCGCUUCGUGCUGGUGCGCAGCGAGGCGUCACUACCCAACGCGGGCCCCCGCAGCGCCGAGGCGCGAGUUGUGCUCAGUCGCGAGCGCCCCUGCUCGGUUCGGGGCAUCCCCGCGCGGCCCAGCCUGGCCAUGACCCAGGAGAAGCAGAGGCGGGUCGUGCGCAAGGCCUUCCGCAAGCUGGCCAAGCUCAACCGGCGGCGCCAGCAGCAGCCGUCGUCGCCCUGUUCGUCUACGUCGUCUUCCACCGCCUCGUCCUGCUCGUCGCCGCCGCGGGCCACCGAGAGCGCAUCCGUGGAGCGCAUGGAGACUCUGGUGCAUCUGGUGCUCUCCCAGGACCACACCAUUCGUCAGCAGGUGCAGCGGCUCCGGGAGCUGGAUCGCGAGAUCGAUCGCUACGAGGCCAAGGUGCACCUGGACCGCAUGAGGCGACACGGAGUCAACUACGUGCAGGACACCUACUUGGUGGGCGCAGGCAUCGAGGUCGACGGGCCCAGCCCGGUAGAGGAGCCCGAGGCGGCGGUGGCGGCGGCGGCGCCCCUGGACGGCGAGGCGCAGGCGGCCGCGCUGGAGGAGCUGGCCCGGCGGUGCGACGACCUGCUGCGGCUGCAGGAGCAGCGGGCCCAGCAGGAGGAGUUGCUGGAGCGCCUCUCAGCCGAGAUUCAGGAGGAGCUGAACCAGAGGUGGAUGCGGAGGCGCCAGGAGGAGCUCACCGCGCGGGAGGAGCCCCUGGAGCCUGAUGGUGGCCUCGACGGCGAGCUGCUGCUGGAGCAGGAGAGGGUCAGGACGCAGCUCAGCACCAGCCUCUACAUCGGGCUCCGGCUCAACACGGACCUGGAGGCCGUUAAGUCGGACUUGGAUUACAGCCAGCAGCAGUGGGACAGCAAGGAGCGCGAGCUGCAGGGCCUCCUCCAGACUUUGCACACGUUGGAGUUGACGGUGGUCCCCGAUGGGACUGUCGGCUCUGGCGGACCCUCCCGGGAACCGCGGCCUCAGGGCUGCGCGGAGAUGUGGGUGGACCAGGCCCGCGGACUGGCCAAGAGCUGUCCUGGCAACGACGAGGACUCGGAUACCGGGCUGAGCUCCAUGCACAGCCAGGACUCGGACUCGGUGCCCGUGUGCGAAUCUCUUGUGUAAGAGGUGUAGACCACGCUUCUCCCUUCCUCGAAGAAAGCAGUGGCCUUGGCCGGCUCAGGGACUCGAAACCAGGCAGGGGGUGGGCGGGGGAGC